AUCAUUCCAUCAGAGGCUCUUCUUCACCGACGCUCUCAUCCGACGGUCACUCCCGCACUCCCUGGAACACAACUAGACAUUUAUUUUAUUGUUCUAUUUAUUUAAAUAAAAACACACACACAUACACAAGAGAAAACAACAAUGGCAAGCAGCUUCUCCAGGAUAUUGUCCUCCAAACGCCACAUCGGGUUCCUGUCGUUGGUGGGAGGCUCGGUAACGGCUGGAUUCCUGCUGCACCGGGAGCACGUCAGCGCCGGGACGCCGGUCCGCAGGAGUUACCCCGCCAGUGCGGAGUAUCCUGACCUGCGCAAACAUAACAACUGCAUGGCAAGCAACCUUACACCUGCCAUCUAUGCCAAGCUGUGUGACAAGGCCACCCCCAAUGGUUACACACUGGACCAGGCCAUUCAGACGGGCGUGGACAACCCCGGGCACCCUUUCAUCAAAACCGUUGGCAUGGUGGCAGGAGAUGAGGAGUCUUAUGAGGUCUUUGCAGACCUGCUGGACCCUAUCAUCAAAGAAAGGCACAAUGGCUAUGACCCUCACACCAUGAGGCACCCCACUGACUUGGAUGCCAGCAAGAUCCAUUCAGGCCAGUUUGAUGAGCGUUACGUGCUGUCCUCCAGAGUGAGGACCGGCCGCAGUAUCCGGGGGCUGAGCCUUCCCCCCGCCUGCACCCGAGCAGAGCGCAGGGAGGUGGAGAGGGUGGUGGUGGACGCCCUCGCUGGGCUAAAGGAUGACCUGACUGGCAAAUACUACAGUCUGACCCAGCUGACCGAAAAGGAGCAGCAACAGCUCAUUGAUGACCACUUCCUGUUUGACAAGCCUGUGUCGCCACUCCUGACAUGUGCAGGCAUGGCUCGUGACUGGCCUGAUGCCCGUGGUAUCUGGCACAACAAUGAGAAGACCUUCCUGAUCUGGAUCAAUGAGGAGGAUCACACCAGAGUCAUCUCCAUGGAGAAGGGAGGCAACAUGAAGAGAGUCUUUGAUAGGUUCUGCAGAGGCCUAAAGGAGGUGGAACGUCUGAUCCAGGAGAGAGGCUGGGAGUUCAUGUGGAACGAGAGGCUCGGUUACGUCCUCACCUGCCCCUCCAACCUGGGCACAGGGCUCAGAGCCGGGGUCCAUGUCAAACUGCCCCUGCUGAGCAAGGAUCCCCGCUUCAGUAAGAUCUUGGAUCACCUGCGUCUGCAGAAACGAGGGACAGGUGGAGUGGACACAGCCGCUGUGGGUGGCGUGUUCGACAUCUCCAACCUGGAUCGCCUGGGACACUCUGAGGUCCAGUUGGUGCAGACAGUGAUUGACGGCGUCAACUACUUAAUCGAGUGUGAGAAGAGACUGGAGAGAGGUCAGGACUUCAAGGUGCCCCCUCCCCUCAAGCAAUUCAAGUAGACACUAAUCCAAGACCUCCAUACACAACCAUCUGGACACACACACACACGUACAUGUGUAUGAUAAAUAGCUGUCAUUGCUUCAUUUACCAUAUUACUACUACUUAUCUAAUCUCCACCCUCUGCCCUACAAUAUAGUUCAUAAUAUAAUCUACAUAUAUAUUAAACACAUCUUACCUGGUGAGUCCCAGUACCACGUUGGGCUGAAGUGUUUUACCGGUGUUUUAAAGGCUUUUUAAGUUCAAAUCUGGCUCUAAAUUGGCAGCAAAUACCGAGGGUGCACAAAGUUUCGGCUGUUUUUUUGAAAAAUGCAAAUAUGGCUGCCGGUUUGUCCGUCUCUGCAUGGCCAAAGAAGAUCAAUGGCUCUGCUUCCAAACCACUCCUCAGCCCCUCAGACCUGUGUUUGACCUGCUGCAUGUCCUAAACCUUACUGUGUCCCCGUUCCCCCUCUUCAUACCCGUUUGUUGUAAAGUCCAUUGUGGGUUGUUUCUUAUAGCCAAUCUGAGUGCAUUUGAAUGUAGAUUAACAGUGCAAGUCUGAUGAGACUUGUUGUGGAUGUGUAUGGAUGUUGGAUGGCACACUGGUGUCAGAUUGUAAUGUUCCAGCACACACUGGCCAGGCUGGGUUCUGUACUGUAAGCGACUGAAGCAAUAUCAUGACUGAAUGUGACACUGUUGUGUCUUUUAUUAAAGCACUGGUCUAUUUAACAGUA